UUGGUCAACCGGAAGAAAGCGGGUAAUGGCGGCGUAAACAAGGCACAGGUCGGUGCCAAUGGUCGGUGCACCGCUGUUCAAAUUAACACCUAAAAAUAAAGCUAUAUCUAAACGGAAUAUGUUUUCGGAACUAGGAGGAUUUCUGCUGGGUGUGCAAACGAGUAAAACCCCACUGGUUUACGUCUUGGUGGUGUUUAUCCGCUAGUUUCGGCUAACUUUUAGCCUAGUUUGCUAACUUAACGGAAAAGUAGUAACGUCAACUUUAAGUUAUCUAACGUUAAAUUGUAGAAAUGGACUGCGUCGUGACGGGAGGAAACGUAAAAGUACUGGCCAAAGCCAUCCAUUCUCUGUCCAGGAUCGGUGAUGAGCUCUAUGUGGAGCCUCAGGAAGAUGGGCUGGCCCUGCGGUCUGUGAACUCCUCUCGGUCGGCAUAUGCUUGUUUCCUGUUCGCACCACUCUUCUUCAGCAGGUACACCGUCCACAGUGGGCACACCUUCCGCUGCAAGAUGGCAAUAAAGAGUGUACAGGCCGUAUUCAGGUCUCUAGCGUCUCUGGAGAAGACAGUGGAAAAGUGUCACAUCGAGCUGGACGAUCAGAACAACCGCCUCACCUUCACCCUGCACUGCAAACAUGGCCUCAUGAAGACACAUAACCUGUCUUUCCAGGACAGUGAAAGCUUACAGGCAGUGUUUGAUAAAGACAGCUAUGCCAAUGUAUUCAGAUCCAAUCCCAGGCUGCUGGUGGACACAGUCAUGCACUUCCCUCCAUCUCUAGAAGAAGUAACCGUGUCAGUGAGUGAUGAGCGUAUGUGGGUCAGGAACCAUGUGGAGGAAGAAGGAGACCAGUCCAAGGCCAUGCUGACAGAGCUGUGUCUGGCUUCAGACGAGUUUGACCAUUUUGCCGUCCAAGCUCACAACAGCGUCACCUUUUGUCUGAAGGAGUUACGGGUGAGACAGAGGACAAAGGGAGGGUUGAUGGAGCAACAGAUUAGGAAGAUCAGUCAGGGUUUGUUAGUGUUUGCAGAGUCUACUGGUCUCCCUAUGUCUAUGUACUUUGAUGAACCUGGCAGCCCUGUAGUGCUUUCAGUAACAGACAGUGUCCUGGAGGGGAACUUUGUGCUGGCCACACUUUCUGAUGACUCCAACCACCGUAAAAAAAACAACAGUAGAGGAGCACACACACUGCCACCGCCCCCUCCUGACGACUUCAUGAAUGAUGACAUAGACUCCUACCUCAUUGCCAUGGAUACUAGUGUUGCGCCAGGUCCCUCAGCUACAGGUCCGCCCACACCCCAGUUGGCUGAUUCCAUAUGUUCAAAACAGACUGCUGCAGCCAGUCACAGGACCAGGCUACACAGUGAGGAGGAAGAGGAAGAUAAAACAACUGAUUCAGGCAGACCACCUAAUAAGAAGUUCUGUUCCUUGUUCUUUGGAUCUGUGCUUCCCCCAUCCCCUCAGAUGAGCACUCAACCGGUGUCAAGUCAGCAAGUGUUGGCCAGUGACAGUGAGGAUGACGUACAGUGAACUAGAGUGACAGUGGACUGGCGGAUGAGAGGAGAAAGAUGGACUGACUGUGUGUGUGUGCGUGUGUGUGUUAUAUUACUUUUACACACAUGCCACCUGCUGCACUUGAAAUGAAAUGGACACCUUGAACCCUUUUUUCCAUUUCAACUUGCCUGUAAUUGUUGUACAGGGAUUCUUUUUUUUUUUUUUUUUUUACAUAGGCAUUAAUAUGCAAAGACAGUGCACAAAACAGCCACUGCUAGUGAAUUCCAGCGUUUUAUUGGACUAUAAUGUGAAUGAAUGGUGGACUUCAAAAUAUGGGAUUAUGUGAAACUGGACUUGAAGCACGUCCUGUUUAUUUUCGUUCAACAUCUGUUCAGUUUGUGAUCAAGGUGCAACAAAAAAGCUCCUCUAAAUAAAAGAAACAUAUUUUUUCAAAGUA